AUAAGAUCUUUCUAUAUCAAAUCAUCUUCGAUACGUUGUUACUGUGUGUUUACAUUUGAAGAGGAAAAUACUAUGUUUGAUGUUAAUUAAUGAGAUGGUCCAAGUGCCUAAGAGGAGAUACGGAGUCGCAUCUCGGCCCUGAAAGAGAGAAAUUUCCAUGAGAGGAUUCAUCUGGGUAAUAAGCCGCGCGCGGAUUCACCUAAUACGUCGCGGAAGGACGAUAGGAAGACAUUAAAGAGCGGAAGGAAAAUAGGAACUCCGCCAUUACUCGGACUACUACUGGAGUCAUGGCGUUAGACGCGGUGCACAAAUACAUGAAGACGCAAAAUCGACCGUACAGCGUCAACGACAUCAUGUCCAAUUUGCACAACGAAUUUGGAAAGUCUGCCGUGCAGAAAGCCCUGGAUCAGCUAGUCAGCGAGUCCAAAAUUUUCGAGAAAGUGUAUGGGAAACAGAAAAUUUAUUGCAUCGUGCAAGAAAGCAAAUAUGAACAUGACGAAUUAAUGAGAAUCGAUAGGGAGCUGCAGGCACAUGCGAACGAGAUUCAGAAUAAACUGCAAGAAGUGGAAAAGGAAUAUCGUAGCAAGGAAGCAGAAGUAAUGGCUUUGAAGAGUAGUUGUACGUUGAAAGAGCUUAAUGAGCAAAAGGCCGAGUUGAAUGAGGACAUUAUUAAAAUGACAAAAAAGGUGGAUGAAUUAAUGGAGAAUUCCGGAAGCGUAGAUUUGGCAAGUAUGAAGAGGAAAGCUGAAGAGUCGUUGAAAGAGUACUCGAAGGAAUACACGAAAAGAAGACGUAUUUGCUUGGAAAUGAUCGAUUGUAUUUUGGAAAACUUUCCCGGAAACAAAAAGGACUUGUACGAGGAAAUUGGUAUAGAAGAUAGAGUCGUUAAGUGAAGUAUUUUACGGAUAGGCAUCUAUUUUUCUUGAGAUAUUUUCUACUCUCUAUUUUUACUACGAUAUUUUUACCGUUUGUAGUUACAUUGUUUAAGUUUAUCAUAUUUCAUGUAGCUUCAGAAGUUCCCGAGAAUUAUUUGUUUAAUAAUUACUGAUAUUUAGGAUUUAUUAUCAUUCAAGAAUAGUCUUAUUGUAAUUGAAGGACGCUUCAUUAAGAGCAGAAACAGAAAACGGACGUACUAAUCAAUUGUCUGUGGAUAGAGAUAAAUGAAAAAGGUGCAGUUUUCUCUCGUCUAACGUAUGUAGAAUGUAAUGUGGUAAUCUUUACCGAAAUUUCAUAAGGGUAAUUGUUCGCGCUGUUUUAUCAUAAAGUUAUGAUAUAAGGAGUAAGAAAUUUGCGACCGAAUUGCACACUUGUUCAGACCCUCUUACUUUAUUCCUUUUACCUGUCAAUAUCCAUUUGACUGCGUAAGUACUUACAACAUAACUUUCUCCUGGCAGUGUAUUGCAGUAAUAAUUUGCAAAUAACGUUUGCGUAUCAACAAUUUUACACAAUACGCAGUCUGACUAAGCAACUCACGAUGCAGUUGAGUGAUCGUAGCUCGAUAAUUACGAGCCACAAGAUUUGUGAAACAUUACUAAUAGCUUUAUACUAAUUGAUCAACAGUUAUAAACUGAUUUCAGAUAAGCACCUAGACAGUCCGUACAUCUGAACUAUCAUCAUUUCAAAUUUUCAAACUAAAACUAUGAUUCAUUUUAAUAUCAUAAUUGAUUUAACAUCAUAAAACAAAUUCAUUUUACGUCCCUUUUCUACCUUUGCUCUACUUUCCAAUAUCUUAAAUAAUAGGCUGUAGGGCGAAAGAAACGUCUAAAAUAAAAUAACGCCAAUUAAACUUG